AUGCAACAAGAUCAUCCCGUUAGCGAAACAGAAAGAUUGGUUAGAUGGCAAGAAGACAACCUAGUUAGGAACUGCUCGGGCUGUUCCAGAAGGUUCACUUUUAUACUGAGACGACACCACUGUAGGUGCUGCGGCAGCAUCUUUUGUUCUUCAUGUGCAGGCCAUUUUGCUUAUUACGAUAAGGAUAGAGUUAAAAUCCUACAGCGGUCGGAAAGAUCCAUGGAAAUAGCUCCUUAUAGGACAUGCAACACGUGUUUCAAGACUCUAGAGAAUAGAGGCCUGUUGGUAUCUCGAGGAAGGCUAGUAUCUAAUACUCGGCUCAUGAAGCGAUCUCCGCAAGAGCCAGGAUUUUGUGAUUCAGCAUCGUUCACCUCAUACUUUAAGAAUACUAUGGAUAUGGAUGCUAUUGUUAGCUGUGAUGCUGCUGUUAAUGCAGAUGAUGCGUGUCAUAGUGAAUCGCAAAACGCACCAUGGUCAAAUAAUAAAACAAGCAAUGUUCCAGAAGAGUACAAUAUGUGUCCUAUCUGCAGUGUGGACCUCAGUAGUCUAAGCGAAGAAGGCUCAGCGACACAUAUCCAGGACUGUGUACAGCAGGCUUCUUGUAUACAACAGCACCAGAAGAACUACGUUCCUGAUAAUAAUGCGGUCAAGAAUAGGAUAUUGGUUUACCUGAUUGCGGACGAUUCUCGUAACAGCGACGGAGAAUUUCCCGAGUGCCCAAUAUGUUUUGAAGAUAUGGAAUUGGGCCAAAAGAUUGGCAGGUUAGAAUGCUUAUGUAUGUUUCACCACCACUGUAUAAAGAGCUGGUUAAAGAAAAAGUUACAGCGGUCGGCUGCGGGAGGUUCUUCUAUACAGUCCACGAAGAACUUUUGCCCUUUCCACGAUGCUAUCUUCUAA